AGGCGCGCCGACGUCGGUGACGCGCGGAGCGUCUUACCGCUGCCGCCGUAUUCGCACAGUCGCCACGGCCGUGCGAGGUUCGUUCGAGGUUAGGGCGGCCGUCCUCUCUCUUGCAAGCGCGCUCGUAUCUGUAUCUGUAUCUGUGUACUUGUUCGCUCAUCCCGUCUUCCGGACUGACGUCUUUUCUUUUUCCGCGCGCGACGUUUUUUUUCCAAUUCGCGGACCGACGUAGAAAAUUCGUCGCGCGUCACGUGGCCGCAUAUCCGCACUCGCUCGUCGUUUCCGCGGACCCGGAGGGAAGGAGAGGCGUGCGCACUUAUUACGCGCCUGUUCGCGGCACGUAGGAACGAGCGCGGCGAUAACUGCUCCAUCGUCGCCCACCAACGUCAUCGCCGUCGGCGCCGCCUCCUGGGGCGAGGCAAUUUCGGCGACCGGAGAGACCGAAAGAGAGAGUGUCGCGCCCUCAGGUUUUAUCAUCGAUAUCACGAAUGACGAAGAUGCAGCAACACCCGGGCCAGGCGGCCGCGGCCAAGAUCACCCACGAGGAGCACAUCCUGGAGGCGAUCGAUCAACUGCGUCGACGUAAAGCCCGCCCGGAUGCCGACCGCAUCUGCAAUUAUCUGCUGCGGAACUUCGCGGUGGACGCGCGGGACACCAUCGCCGACCUCCAUCGGCUGAUAGAGGUCGAGAAGGUGAUCCAGGUGGAUUACAAGGGCAACACCAGCUACCGGAACGCGAAGAAGUGGUCCCGGUUACAGCUGUUUAAGAACCGGCCGGAGGGCUUCCUCAAGGAAAAGCUGAACUCGAGCAUGGUCUCGAGCGCGGUCGCGGAGCUCGUCGUCGAGGAACCUGAUUACCUCGACCAGGGCGUCCCGGCCGGUCGACUGAUCGAGCAACUGCUCGAUGGCGUGUCCAGCCCGACGUCGCGCCGCGUGGUCGAGGAGUUCCUCGGCCGGGAGGUCGCGAGCGGGAAUCUGGCGCGCCUGUCCAACGGCAAUUACUCGCUGGUGGCGACGUCCGACAUGACGACGGACGCGACACCGUCGCGACGCAGCGGCGGCGACUCGCAGCCGUCCUCCUCCUCCUCCUCGUCGUCCUCCUCCUCCUCUUCAUCUUCCUCCUCCUCCUCCUGCGCCCUGGAGAACGGCAACGCGACGCAGCGACGUGUCGGUAAAACCAGCAACGGUACUGUCAGAAAUGGCACCGACAACACCAGCAAUCUCAGCACCAAUGGUUUAACGACGACGACGACGACGACGGCAGCGAUGACGACGACCACGUCGACGACGACGACGUCAUCGUCCGCGGCGGCCGAGCUCUACGAGUUCAACGAGACCGAUAACCUUACCGACACCACGUCCGGGUCGUCGCGGUCGUCCUCGCGGCAGGCCAGCAACAGCCCGAAACCGGAGCAGCAGGAUUCUGGGAAGAAGGAGGAGUGUGGUGACGUCGUCGACGAGAAGAACGACGCGGAGCAUGGAGACGCCUGCAACGGCCACCUCGACGGUGGUGACGAGAAGCAGCACGACGACUCCCCGGAGGUAGCGGUGUCGUCGACGACGCCGACCGUGGAGAACGACGUCGUCGUCAAGGAGGAGGUGAAGAGCAACGACGUCCAGAAGACCGCGCCUAACCUCAAGAGAUCCACCAAGGCCGAGCGCAAGCAGCGGCUCUUCGCGAGGACGGAUGAUCGGAUGGAUAUUGAGAUCAAGUUCGAGGAUUAUCAGGGUAAGGAGGAGCCGGAGAAGCGCGAGGGGACCAGCAGACGCUCGAGCGAGGAUCGCGAGGACGAGGACGCAGGCAGGAGUUCGUCGACUAACACGUCCCCGACUCCGUCCAAUGUAAAUACUGGGGGAUUCCGCAGCGCCAGGAGAAAGAGAGCUAGAAAAGUAUUUGAUCCCUCUGACAACAAUCUGGUGAAACGCAAACGCGGUAGACAUUGUAGACAGUCAGGUACUCAUAACAAAAAUAAUUCCAUAAUACAAGAUUCUCAGGAAUCUUCUGUCAAGCCAAAUGUCAAAGAUGGACCGUCCAGGCAGUGUAGCCUCUGCGGCUGCAAGGAAAAACAAGAAGCUCUUAUAGCUUGUCGAGACUGUACGGUACGAGCACAUCCAAGUUGCAUUUAUACUCCGGAGGAGAUGAUCCAAAAGAUGAAUAGUAGUUGGCAAUGCGAACGUUGUAAAACUUGUACAGUAUGCUGUGAGACUUCUGAUGCUGGACCUCUAGUGACUUGUUUCAAUUGUGACGAUGCCUAUCACCACUUCUGUCACACGUCACGUGUUACGAUGCCAAAAUCAAGUUCUAAAUGGUUUUGCAAUGAAUGUGCGCAAAAGCAGCAAUGCAAAGUGACUGACAACCAAAACUCUACUUUAGUCAACACCAAUUUGGUCAGCACCAAUUUGAUCAACACUAAUUUGAUCAACUCUAAUUUGGUCAAUGGAACGAGCAGGCCGGAUAGUCCGUCUGGUGCACUGAUUUUACCACCAGUUCUGAGUCCACAGGUCUCUCCUAACAGAGGUUCUUGCGAACAAAUGGAAGAUGAUGGUCCCAAAGGUCCUAUUGAUCCGAAUAUUCCCGACGCGAGGACUUGGACUUCUGAACAAGUGUACCAAUAUUUUGCUAGAUUGUUUCCCAAAGAAGCUGAAAUCUUUCGACAACAGGAAAUAGAUGGCCAUGCGCUUCUAAUGAUGAGUCGAAAAGAUGUAUUAUGCGGUCUUAAUUUAUUACUAGGUCCCGCCUUAAAAAUAUAUCGACAUGUGCUGAAGCUCCAACAUCGCAGAGACGAUCCUGAGCUCUAUUGGCAAUAAUAUAGACGAUUAUACAAUGAAAUCCAGCUUUACUAUGUCGCAAUCUAAUUUAGAAGAUUUAAUUUGUACUUAUGCAAAUUAUAAAAUACAAAUUGAAUCUGAUAGAUUAAAAUUGCUGCGGUGACUCUCUAGUUUCUAAAUACAAUCUCUAUGUUGUAUAUAUGAAUUAUAUGUGUGAUAUAUUGCUAAAAAAGAUCUCUUCUGCGGAUGUCAAAGAUGUCUCUUGCCGAUUCGCAAUCCUGAUGUAACUAUUGAAUAAGCGGGCUUUGUUUAUUGUUGAGUUCCGCAUUGGAAAAAUAUACUGAUAUAUGUGCCGAAGUACAUAGAGACUAUCACAAAUUCUACUGGCAAUAAUAAUUGAUGAUGUCUAGCACAUGAAAUCCAUCUUCACGGCAUUGUAUAUGUGAUUUAUAUUGUACAAAGUAAGCCUUCUUACAGAUUAAGAUCGCGAUACUCUACUUCUAGACACGGUCCACGUUGUGUGUACAUAUUAAGGUACAUAUUAUCGCUAAAGAUCUCACGCGAACUAUCUGUCGCAAGCCAAGUCGGUAUCGAUUUGUAGAUGUAUGUACACGCGCGAUUAUACAUAAACUUAAUGUACAUACAUUCCGCCUUUUUCAUGUGCGGCGUUUUAUAAAAAAGGAACGGAUAUUUUCUAUCUCCGAAACUGUUACUUGUUAAUGUUACAUUUACGUCUACAUUGAGAGUUCUAGAUGCUGUUUGUUCGGAUGAAAACAUUGGUCAAAACAAAGAGAGAAAUUGCUGACUGAUUUUCCACGAUUUUGUGUCACAUAACAAACUUAUAUUUUAUUUUCAGGUUUUACAUAUAUGAGAAUAACACAUACUUAUUUGUAGACUAGUUGUAUAAGAUACUCUACUCUCAAGGAACAUGAUACUUUGGUUUUACAUGUACUUUUCUAUUAUGCAAUAAAUAUUUUGAUAUUUAUAAAUA